GUGAACUCUGGGCGAAGGGGAAAUCAGAAGGCAGGAGAGGAAGAUUAGGCAAAAAUGCAACAGAGAAAAUCUGCAUUGGGACGGCCGUCCGGCACAGACGGAUCAGAUUUCUCCUACCGCAUGGUCGUCGAUCCAAGAUAUACGAAAGUUGCUCAGGGAAAGUCUCGACUCUAUGUGUUGAUCGUAAUUCAGGCUGUCAUUCAAGUGAUUGGCGUGGUUUGUGCAUUUUUAUCCGCAUCAGAUCAGGAGGGUCCCAACAAUCUUGCCGUUUCAUCUAUAACAUUUGGUUUCAUUUCUCUCAUAGUUGGAGAAUUAGGUCGUAGGCGCAGUCAAGUGAGUUUCUUACGAGCCUACAUGUUAACAUCAUCUAUCGCAGCAUUUCUUUCAGUUGCAUGUGUCAUUAGAACUGGCAUCUCUCUAGAGGUUAUUCAAAAUCAAAGUGCCUGGGCAACACACAAAUUGGAACUUCUCGAGUCUGGCCGUGCUUUGCUUGGUGUGCUUCUUCAGAUAAUAACAAUCAGUACAACAGUUUCACUCAUUUGCAACAUGUCUCCUCCCAAGAGAGCUUCCUGAUCAAUGCUUGUAAUUUCCAACUGCAGAGAGGAAUUUUGACAACUGUAGCACUGAAGCAUUUUCCCUAUGAGUAGUUGUAAUAUGUUUCCUUUUCAAUGGAU